GUUCUCCCAUCUUCUCUUAUUCACAAAACCUUAACUGAACAGAGAAGAGAAAAGCCUUGAGAUUUGUUGCAUAGCCAACCAAAGAAAUGGCGAGUAAAAUGCUUUUUGCUCUCUUCCUUCUUUCUGUCCUAACCUUUUACCCUCCUUCAAUCACUGCUUUUCUCACGGACGGGAGUGGUCACAUCCUGCAUAAUGGUGGCAUAUACUAUAUAAAGCCACACAUAUUUUCGCAGGGAGGUGGAAUUCGACGAAUUAAAACUGGAAACGAAACUAGCCGUCUUUCAGUUGUGCAGUCUCCCAUUGAAACCGAUUCAGGGCUUCCAUUGAAAAUUUCAUCCCCAUUCAAAGUCACAUUUAUCCCUCAAGGCCCUGUGUUUAUUAACUUCGUAGAUGAUUCCGUCGGUGACAACUCUCUCGAGUGGACCGCUGUUGAGGUUCUGUAUGAAGGAACCUUCGUUAAAGUUGGCUACCAAAAUUCACUCAAAGGUUACUUCGUUAUUCAGCAAGGUUCCUCAGCCAAUACCGUCAACCUUUCGUUCUGUAUACUUGGCGGCAGCCUAUGCGGUAAUGUUGUCAUUGUUAAGGAUGAAGCAGGGAACAGGCUUUUGGCCGUCAAUCAGAAUAAAGCAUACGAUUUUAUUCUUACGCCAGUUCAACAGCCGCGUCUAAAUGAACCACUAUCCAUGAAAACUAGUGCUUGAUGCAUCUACGGUAUGCUUCGGAUGUAAUUAACUACUUCNAGAAUAAAUAAAACAUCCAAAGCUUAUGUCUUCUGAUU